CCCCCCCCCCCCCCCCCCCCCCCCCCCCCCCCCCCCCCCCCGCCCGCCCCCCCCCCGAGUUGUGAACAUCUGCAAUUUACAUAAUAUAUCUAGAUGUAUAUCUAGAUGUUCAGAUAUUCAGAUAUUCUGAUAUUCAAGCUAGAUAUUUAGAUGUUCAGAUGUUCUAGAAAUGUGGGAAAGGGAAGGUGAGGAUGGCAGGGGCAGAUGAGAGUGAGAUGCUCCCUGAUAUUCGCCACCCUCAAAGAAAUGAGGAAGAUAUCUGAAUAUCUGAACAUCUAGAUAUUAUGUAAAUUGCAGAUGUUCACAAAUCAGACCCUACUGGGAGAACAAUAUGAAAAGUUAUUUUUUUCGAACAUGUCGUUUUUGCUACAUAUGUGCCAAAAGUUUUUUUCGGAAGGACCGGAACCAGAGCCGAGACCAGAGCCGAAACUCCUAUCCUCCUAUCCAUGUUAGAUUCAUGUUUAGACACGGGCGGGACGGUCCGGGCUUGGUCCUGGUUCUGCUAAAAAAUGUUUUGGAGGGGGGACCGUUCGACUCAUAUCUAAUAGCGGCAAAUAAUGUCAAUUAUUUACUUAACUAGGCGCAGUUGUCAAUAAGUAUUAUAUAUAGAAAUAAAAUUUCAGAAACCUCCAGUUGAGAUGCUUAACUGACUUAUUAAUACCAAGUACACAUGUAAAAACUUGUAUUACUUGUUUGAAACGAAUAUGCUAGUCGUUUCCAUAAAACGGGUCACAAUAAUUUGUGAGGACGCAAAACGGAGUUAUGUUUCUUUUGUAAUAUUUUUUCUUUUUAAAUACUGUAGGUAGAUAACGUUCAUUUUUUUUUUCUUUUUCAUUGAUGACAAACAUCUUUAAGAAAAACAUGUUUUCAUGACCAAACAUUUUUUGAAACUAAUAAAUACAUUGUAUGUUUCAUAACAGUACACAUCGUUUAGAAAAACUUUUAGUAUCUUCUUUAAAAAGGGCGUGCUGUGACGCCCUUUAUCCAUAUAGGACGAAGUAUGAACUUCAUUUCAAAUAUUCGACUAUCAUCUACUGCUGUUCCAUGCUGCAUUUUAUUAACAGCUACGCUUUGCUUAAGUUACGUAUGUUUCAUUACGAAACAACGUCGAAUAAAGAAGAAAGAACGACGUGUGAUUUACAUGAAUGCUGUAUCAUCGUGUUUUCCUCCUAAUCAAUAUAGACAAUCCCAAAUGAAAGAAAAGUUUAUUGAAAAUUAUUGUGGUGGAUGUAAGAACAUUCUAGAAGAAGAUUUAAAUUUUAUUGAUAAAGUAUUCCAAAAAUCAAUGAUAGAAACGUGUUAUGUGAAUUUACCAGAAAACGAAUUAUUUAAAGGAUUUAAUCGUGAAACAUAUACAAAAUACGUUAAAUCGACUUUGUUCGAUUUAGCAUGUCGUGCCGGACGUGAUGUAAUAAGUCAAUCUAAUUUUUCAUGUGAAGAUAUCACUCAUAUUGUAUUUGGAACAAUGACGUCUACAAUAUACGCACCCACACUUGAUGUGCUUAUUAUGCAAGAACUCAAUUUAAAUUUAAACACAAAACGCUUGAAUGUUGAAGCAAUGGGGUGUAUAACAGGAUUUCGUUUGACUGGUCUAUGUCGUGAUAUUGCAUUGCAAGAUGAACAUAAUGUUGUUUUGCUACUGGUUUGCGACGUACGCUCAGCAUUAGGUAAUCAACUGAUACCACAUAAAGCAGGUCAACCAAUUGAAAAACAAAACGUUAUUGUCUCUGCGUUGUUUCGUGAUUCAGGCGGAGCUGCUAUCUUCUCACAAAACAAAUCAGGUGUAUCAGUGAUUGAUCAUCGAAGUUAUCUGCUUCCAGAUAGUUACGAUUUUGCAUUAUUACAAGAAUAUGAUAAUGGUUACAUACAUUUGUAUUUAGAUAAACAAUUGCCUGUUUGUGUAUUUCAGCAUGUACCUCUGUUAGUUACCGAGUUAUUAAUCGAAUAUCAAUUGAAAAAGGAGAGUUGUCUAUUCGCUGUUCACACUGGCGGCCCAAAAAUCAUCAGAGGUAUACAGCAGUGUUUAGAAUUGAAAGAGGAACAAUUAUGUGCUUCUUGGUAUGUUAUGAAAAACUAUGGGAAUUUAAGCGGUAGUAGUAAUCUAGUUGUGAUGCAUCAUAUAGAACGUAUGCAUAACUGUACAUUUAAUCAAUCUAUAUUAACUGAUGAAAUAGUCAUGCCAAAAGAUUUUUCUAUUUAUACUUAUGUUGUUGGUCUAUCGUUUGGACCAGGCAUAGCUGUGGAGUGUGUUCUUUUUCAAUUUUGA